UUUCCUCACGCUUUUCAUCAAAGUCCGGGCCUCUACGUCAGCAAAGGGCAGCUGCUAGCUAACCGUGGGUCCCGAUGUCUCCCAACGUGCUCUGCGGUCUGCCAGUCACGACCACGCACAAUUCAGCCGAUGGCGCUUGGCUGUGACUUCUCCGGCACUUCUUGGUUGAUGGCCAACUCGUGCCAGUGGCAUGCCGUACAAACCGCGUUGCCCCAUGCGCGAGUAUAAGUGGCUCUGACUGCCCCGCUGCAUCGCACACCGCUUGUCACCGGUAGUGACAUUGCACCCACUAUGCUGUCGUCUCUCCUUUCCUCCGACCCCAAGAACUCUAGUCGCAAUGGUCGCAACAACUCUAAGGUCAGCAUCCAAGAUACCCCCGACCCUCGACGUCGUGUGUUCUGACCCUUUUCCAGUACGUCUUGGAGGUUCCCCGCGGGUUUUCGGUACAUGUCUUCAAGACUCCGUCACCACCAGCGUAUGCGCAGUCUGGCGCAUAGAACACCCUCAAGCACGGGACGGAAGCAACCAGGCUAUCCUAGCCCCUCUCGCCCAGACCCGAGUCGAAAGCCAUCCUUUGGCCGCGCGAACGACUACUUCGGGGAGCAGAAUGAGGAGUACGACCGUGGUCUCGAACUCACUCGUACGAAGUCGCAAAAGCCCUACAGCAUAUACCCGGGAGCCAUCCCCGAUACCUAUGUUUAUGAACGCUCGAUCUCAUCGAUGUCCGACAGCCCGUCGUCAUCGUCCAGUUCUGACACCGAGUCGCUCGAUACCCCGAUAGAGGCGGCCUCGAUCCGCGCAAGAUGCAGCGUAGAAACCCUCGAGGCGACGCUCUACGACACGCAAAACAGCCAGGUCAGCACUGGCUCAACGACCCCGUAUGGGACGACUUCUUACAUUACUGGCCCGCCUACUGGACGCCAGUUAGUCGUGCCCCCCACCACCACUUCUCCUGUUCGAUAUUCCCCUGCAGAUGAUGACGACAGCACAGUCGUGUCCGACAACCAGCAAGUAACAAGGCUGCCGCCUCCACGGCUGACCAUUUACCCGCCAGGCGUGUCCGGUUCGACCCCUCCGCUCGUGGUGCCUCCCCCAGUCCGACGGAACUCGGACGAGCGCCCCCGCGCUCACGCGUCGCGACUCGGCACAGCCAGCCCCGCGCACGACGUCUCCGCCUGGCAUCGACUCUGCCAUUCAGAUGCCGCCUGGCCUGCAGCACGUGACCGCUCCGCCGCAGCCCGCAAGCAGCACGUCGCGCCGGCCCUCGACAACCUCGCCGCCGGUGACGCCGCCAGCCGGUGUGCCAGGCAGUACACAGCGGUUGCCGGCGGGGGAGCGGCCGUCGCUGUCGCGUAGUCGCUCGACGAGCCCCGCGGAGGCGGCGCCCGCAAAAAGCGUGCGGUGGCACGAGGAUCUCAUUUGCCCCUCGCCUGUGCUUCCUGGCCAGCGGCGGAAGGGCUGGUUCAACCGCAGAGGGUGAGUACUCCUGGCUCCGCG